AUGGAUUUCUAUACUUCCCUACUUGAAACCUCAAGUUCUGAAAGGACUAGAGUCUACAGUGCAACUGUGAAGGAGGGUCCAAUGAUAUCAACUGAGCAUAGGAAGCUGCUAAUAGAAGAUUUCACAAAAAUAAAGAUAAAAACAUCUCUAUGGGUAACAGUAGGAGACAAAGCUCCAGGGCCAGAUAGGUACAAUAGUCAGUUCUUCAAAGAUUGUUGGGAUAUCAUCAAAGAAGUCCUCUUAGCUGGUGUGAUGGAAUUUUUCAAGUUCGGAAGAAUUUUAAAGAUAUGGAAUGCCACAGUACUUACCUUAAUACCUAAGAAGGAUCAUGCUGAAACUGUUGGAGAUUAUAGACCAAUAGCCUGUUGUUACACUAUCUACAAUAUAGUAUCCAAAAUGCUGUCUAUCAUAUUGAAAAAAGUGUUACCAGAUAUAAUUUCAGUCAAUUAG